ACAAACAUGUAAUGCAGCCCCCCUCCCUGCUCCAAUCCCGACACAAUCUCCAGCUUUACACCACCGCCACCUCCGGGAGAAACAGGGAAGGAUCACCGGGAUCGGAGAGCCUCGGCUGACACGUUUAAAUCUCUUUAAACGUUUCUUUUUUAAUCCAAGCGACACAAUCCGUGGUCACGACGGUGGUGCUAGAUAUCAGGAGGCCGGUAUGGGGGAGCACACGGCGUUUCUGCUCUUACUGGUGGCGACCUUGACGCUUUCAUCUGAGGUGCCCAUGGACGACUCUGUGGGUUUGCUAACUGAGCCUCAGGUGGCCAUGUUCUGUGGGAAGUUGAACAUGCACAUCAACGUACAGACUGGGAAAUGGGAGUCUGACCCAUCUGGCACCAAGAGCUGCAUUGGCAUCAAGGAGGGCAUCCUGCAGUACUGCCAAGAGGUGUACCCAGAUCUACAGAUCACAAAUGUUGUCGAGGCCAACCAACCCAUCAGCAUUCCCAACUGGUGCAAGAAGGGUCGCAAGCAGUGCUGGAGUCACACACACAUCGUGGUGCCGUACCGCUGCCUGGUCGGGGAGUUUGUCAGCGACGCCCUGCUGGUUCCCGACAAGUGCAAGUUCCUGCACCAGGAGCAGAUGAACAAGUGUGAGAGUCACCUGCACUGGCACACUGUAGCCAAGGAGUCUUGUGGAGACCGCUCAAUGAAUCUCCACGACUACGGGAUGCUGUUGCCGUGCGGCAUUGAUCGUUUCCGAGGCGUGGAGUUUGUGUGCUGCCCGGCGGAGGAAGAGCGCAAGUCGGACAGCGCGGAACAAAACGAGGAGGAGUCUGACGUCUGGUGGGGCGCAGCCGAGAACGAAUAUUCUGACAACAGCAUGACGCGCCCGGCGGACACGCAGCCGGCCGCCGCCGAGGACGAGGAAGACGAGGACGAGGAGGAAGACGCUUUCGAAAGGGACGAGGACGGAGACGGAGAUGAGGAUGAUGAGGAAGACGACGACGACGUCAUCGAUGAGCGGGAUAGCGACGAGCGCAGCUCCAGCGUCGCCAUGACGACCACCACCACGACCACCACUGAAUCUGUUGAGGAAGUUGUGCGAGCGGUGUGCUGGGCCCGCGCCGAUUCAGGCCCGUGUCACGCCAUGCUGGAACGUUGGUACUUCGUCCCCAAAAAGGGCCGCUGUGCUCCCUUCCUUUUCGGGGGCUGCGGGGGCAACAGGAAUAACUUUAAUUCGGAGGAGUACUGCCUGGCUGUGUGUAGCAGCUCGUUGCCCACCAUAGCGCCCAGCCCCCCGGAUGCAGUGGAUCAGUACCUCGAAUCGCCCGGGGAUGACAACGAGCACACGGAUUUCCGAAAAGCCAAAGAAAGCCUUGAGGCCAAACACCGUGAAAAAAUGUCUCAGGUGAUGAGGGAGUGGGAGGAGGCGGAGAGACAAGUGAAGAACCUUCCUCGUUCAGAUAAGAAAGCUGUAAUUCAGCACUUCCAGGAGAAGGUGGAAGCCCUGGAGCAGGAGGCUGCAGAGGAGCGGCAGCAGCUGGUGGAGACACACAUGGCCCGGGUGGAGGCCCUGCUCAACAGCCGCAGGCGCCUGGCUCUGGAAAAUUAUCUCAGCGCCCUUCAGGCUAAUCCACCUCGGCCGCGACAGGUGCUGAGCCUGCUGAAGAAGUACGUCCGUGCAGAACAGAAGGACAGGCAGCACACACUGAAACACUACGAACACGUCCGCACCGUCGACCCCAAGAAGGCCGCUCAGAUCCGCCCUCAGGUUCUGACUCACCUUCGUGUGAUUGAGGAGAGGAUGAAUCAGUCUCUAGGUCUGCUCUACAAGGUGCCCAGUGUGGCCACUGAGAUCCAAAAACAAGUUGCGAUUAUAGUGCAGAGAGUCCAGUCUGAGCUGUCUCAGCAAGUCUCUUCCCUGCAGAGCGACGGGCGGGUGGACGGCAGGGUGAGCUAUGGCAACGACGCGCUGAUGCCAGAUCAGGCCUACAGCUCUGCUCCCAUGGAACCCGGCCUGGACGGACUGGGCUUCAUUCACCCGGAGAGCUUCAACCAGCCAAACACUGAGAACCACGUUGAGCCUGUCGAUGCUCGUCCCAAUCCAGACAGAGGACUCCCGACACGACCUGUUUCUGCCUUGAAGCCAGAAGAGAUGCCAGAGGUGCGGAUGGACACCGAAGAGAGGCAGAGCGCUGGAUACGAGGUUUACCAUCAAAAACUGGUGUUUUUUGCUGAGGACGUGGGGUCCAACAAGGGCGCCAUCAUCGGGCUCAUGGUUGGAGGGGUCGUCAUAGCGACAGUCAUCGUCAUUACUUUGGUGAUGUUGAGAAAGAAGCAAUACACCUCCAUCCAUCACGGUGUAAUCGAGGUGGACGCAGCAGUGACUCCCGAGGAGCGUCAUCUGGCCAAGAUGCAGCAGAACGGCUACGAGAACCCGACCUACAAAUUCUUCGAGCAGAUGCAGAACUGAGGGACCGCUGGCUGACGUGUCCUUCAGGUGUGCCCCGCCCGGCUCCACACGGUCACCGUCGCGCUCUCUUCCAUUCUGAUCCCUUGCCCUCAGCCCCUGCAGGGACCACGAGGGCGGCUGGUCAAAGCUGGUUUUUAACGUUGCGAACAGAAAAGAUCAAUCUUUUGCAUGUCUCAGUCAGGGGUUUGGGCCAAAGGAUGCUGGCAUGGAACGAAUAUCUUUUUAAUCUUUUUUUUUUUUUUUUUUGCUUGAUUGUACAGAGCUAAAAAAUCCCCCCCCCUCCCCACUCACCCACCCCUGAAGCAGACAAAGGUACCCCGGUUUACCUGCACGUUUCAGCCAAUCACAACUCCUCGUGGUGUUUGUACAGGAAAUACCUUUGUGUUUAUAUGACAUCAUCAUCUGCCCUCAGAUAACAGGACGGGGCUCUUAGAGCUCCUUGCCGCAUGACUGAAGUGUUUCAGGCAGGUUUUACAUAAAAAGCAGAAAACAAAGAAAAAAAUAUAUCCUCAAUCAAAAUAUAAUAAAAGCUGAUUAUAUUUAAUGUUUUUUUUUUCAUGUGUAAUAUAAUAAGCCAGAGAUUAGCUGUAAGUACAUGUAGUGCAUGGCAUUUAUCGAAGUAUGCGGAUGUCCUGAGAGCGGACCUCCCUCUUAGAUAUUUUAGCAGGAUUGUAUAUUUCUAGUGUCAACUUUGUGAUCUUGUGAUAUGAAGGAG